AUGAAUUGUGAAAUGAUUGUUGAGUAAUAAAGAAAUAAGGUAAAAGAGUGUCUUUAAGGAGUAUAAUAAGAGUUAUAUGUAAUAUAAGAAUAUCAUUAUUAGUUAUCUUUCAGCAGAAUUGACAAUUUUCUUGAUUAACUUGCUAUUCCUACUUAUCCAUCACUUCUUCAAAAUAUUGUUAAUCAUACUCCAAAAUUUCAUUAAAUAUCAUUGUCUUCUAUACAAAACUUUGCUCAAUCAUUAAUUCAACAAAUUAAACCUAUUAUUAUCACUAUUAAUUAACAGUAUCAAUCAAAUCAACAUUAGUUAGUUCAACAGGAGAAUCAUCAUGAAUCAAAUUCUAAACCAUUCACUUAUGAUUUAAUUCAAAAUCAUUCAAUUCAAUAAACUGAAUAUUGUUUUGCAAUUGCUAUUAAUAAUGAUAAUUCAAUUGUAUUAGCAGGGUGUAAUAGUACUAUCAAAGUAUUUGAAUUUAAAUAAGAAUAAUUGAAACUAACUCAACUUCUUAGUGAACAUUAAAAUUAUGUUUUAACUUUAAAUUUUAUGAAGAAAUCGUCUCAAUUUAUAUCUGGGAGUCGUGAUAAAUAGAUGAUAAUAUGGUCUAUGAACUCAAAUAAUUAAUGGAUCUGUUCAUACAAAUUGAAUGAACAUCAAGAUUAUAUUAGAUGUUUAAUAUUGAAUAAUAAUGAAGAUCUUAUUAUAUCAGGAAGUAGUGAUAAAACUAUUAAAUUUUGGAUAAAGAAUAAUUAAUGGACGUGUUCACAAACUAUUACAGAUCAUACAAAUUAUGUAUAUGGAUUAAGUUGGAAUGAGAAAUAGAAUAAUGUGAUAUCUUGUGGAGUAGAUAAAUUAAUCUUAAUAAUAGAGGAGUCAUCGUAAAAAAAAUGGAAUGUAANUCUCAUCUUACUUUCAAAAUAUUAUCAUUAAAACUUAGAAUCUUAAUUAUUGGUAGGAUGGCAGGUUGAAAUAUGGUCUUAGAAAUUUAACUCCUUAAAAGUAGUCAGUAGAUGGCUCCAGAAAGUUUAACCAAGCGACCCUAAAAGUCCACCUUUUAGCUUCGGCCUAAUUCUAAUUGAUAAUUAAUAUAGAAAAAAUUCCUGAUUGA